ACGCAUGCGCAGUCGUACAUGGGAGCAUUGGGUAUCAAUUUGGUCAAACAGCGGGUGAUAAAAUGCAUAAACUUAAAUCCUCGCAAAAGGACAAGGUACGGCAGUUCAUGUCCUUCACUCAGGCAGGGGAGAAGACUGCUGUGUACUGCCUCACUCAAAAUGACUGGAAACUAGAGGUGGCUACCGACAACUACUUUCAGAACCCAGAUUUAUACCACAAGGAAUCCAUGAAAAGCUCGGUGGACCGAAAAAAGCUGGAGCAGCUUUACAACCGAUAUAAAGAUCCUCAGGAUGAAAAUAAGAUUGGUAUCGAUGGAAUUCAACAGUUUUGCGAUGACCUCAAUCUGGAUCCAGCAAGCAUCAGUGUUCUGGUUGUGGCGUGGAAAUUCCGCGCGGCAACACAGUGCGAAUUCAGCAAGAAGGAGUUCAUCGAUGGCAUGACAGAGCUAGGGUGUGAUAGUCCAGAGAAGCUCCGAGCUCUUCUGCCCAGAUUAGAACAGGAUCUGAAAGACAGUGGGAAGUUUAAAGAUUUCUACCAAUUCACCUUCAACUUUGCCAAGAAUCCUGGACAGAAAGGAUUAGAUUUAGAGAUGGCAGUAGCUUAUUGGAACCUAGUCCUGGCUGGACGUUUUAAGUUCUUAGACCUGUGGAACAGAUUUUUAUUGGAACAUCAUAAGCGAUCAAUUCCCAAAGACACAUGGAACUUGCUUCUGGAUUUUGGCAACAUGAUUGCAGAUGACAUGUUAAACUAUGAUGAAGAAGGUAUCUUUUUGUUGAGUAAAGAUACAAACUGCCCAUGUAUGUUGACUUUAAAAUUUGUGAUGUCUGCUUUGUUUCAGGAGCGUGGCCUGUUCUCAUCGAUGACUUUGUGGAAUACGCUCGGCCAAUCGUGACGGGAUCAAAGCGCAAAACUGUAUAGUAACCCUACAGCUGGGCGAGAACUUGCGCCUUGGUCGCCUCAUUGACUUUGUAGUUUUUUUAAAGACUUGUAAGCAUAAUAAGAGAGAACUAAGAGAAACACUUGAAACCGACAAGCUUUGCAAAAGGAAAACAGGACGGAAAAAUCAACUCGGACCUCCACGCGGGAAGUACAAGAGCCCGAGACUCAAGAUUUCUUAUAGAGCCAUUAAAUGCACAUGGCCAGCUGUUUGCACUGGCAACUCCAUUCUAGCCAGAAAACCAUUGGAGAUAUUGGGUGGAUCACUUCGAACCUAGUACCUCAUCUCCAUAGCAACCAGUGUCACUCUAGGGCCAAGUCCUCAUUGCCUACCCACUCAUCAGUCUCAAAUUAUUGGAAUAGUCUCAAAGUUCUCCAGUUUUGUUUUAGAUCAUGUACCCAUUUGUCUGGGUGUGUGUCUCACGCAGGAGAUGGGCAUCAUGUUCACGUUUUAAGCCAGACGUUCAUGGGCAGCACAGCAUGCAGCUCACAACACCAGCACUUUUGUUACAGUUGUAAAGCACUGUAUCUACUGCAGCAGUAUGUACAGAGAUAAAUGUAUUAUCAUGCUUUAUUAUAUGAAAAAUAUGAGAGAAAAGCGUGGUAAAAACAAGGCACCUUCAUACCAUGUUUUUGUGUGAGUUUAGGUCAAAUGUGUCGUCUGCCCUGUUGCAGAACUUGUAACAACACGGUUCAGUGUUACUCUUUUUUUGUUUACCAGAUUUAUGUCAAAAAAAUAAAUUAUUGCCCUUUAUGUUCUUCUCAAUCUCCAACAACCCUUUUAUUCCUCAACAGGACACUAACAUUUAACCUUGCACGACAAUUCCAGGUCUUGCAGGAUUUCCCUUUUCUUCUGAAAGUGAAUGGAAGCUCACAGUAGUCAGUUUGUGUGUGCGAGAUUAGAAUGUUUAUGAGGUAAGUAAAGAAAACAUAAAAAGUUGAAAGCUGACAACAGAACUUUUUCCAUCACAAAUGCAGUUUACUAAAUAGAAAUAAUAAUUUAUUAAAACCCAAUGACCGCUUGUCAAGGAUUCAUUUGAACUGUAAUCGCAUCACAAGUUUAUUCUGCCUGUAGCCUAUCAAAUGAAAUCGAGCAAACUGCAAGCUUGACAUAAUGAUGGUUUCGUAGUUUUCUUCUUGCCUAAGAGUAACAAAUCAACAGUUUUUAAUCUACUGAUGUCAGUCAAAAAGCCCUGUAACACUAUUUUAGUUAGCUCAUGGUCACCUCUAACUGCUACUCAUGCAUGACCUUGAUGCUUGGCUAGUUCCCAGUGUUUUAACGAGACUCACGAACUAAACUUCGUGGGACACCUAUAGGAAGACAGAAGGCUUUGCCAAUCAUAUCCUCUAUGAUGUUUUUUAUUGUCGGUUCAUCUCUUGCACUCUUAUGUUUUCGAUGUGUAUGUUUGUGUAAUACUUUUUGUAUUUGUAAAAUACUUUUAAAAGCAUCGAAAUACCUAUGUAAAUAGCAUUAAAUAAAAUAAAAGCCGUAAAAAGCAGCUGUUCUUAA